AUGGGUGCCACGGGCCUGGCAGCGUACAGUUCCAGCUCGUCGGAUGUUGAUGCGAUCCGCACUCUUCGAAGAGUCAGCGCAGAACGGGUCUACUUCUCUAACUUGGCAAUCAUGGCCACCGCCACCGAAGACUCCGUGCUCUCUUCUGCCAGCUCACAGGCCCUGUCUGCUACCUCAGCCAUAAAGUCUAUCAUCAAGGCUUCGGAGUACUUGCAAGGUAGAAAACCAUCUGUUCCUGGAAACCUUGUGUUCUUCCUGCUCAUGUGUUUCUUUUUCGCCUUCCACAUAUUCUACGGAUUUUACACCAAACAGCGGUGGUUUGGCAUUUCGUGGUCUUGUGGUCUGAUUCUCGAGUUGCUUGGGUACCUUGCCAGACUUUUGCUCCACUACAACAUGACUUCUUACAGCCUCUAUAUGUUGCAGAUGACCGGACUCACCAUCGCUCCUUGUUUCAUCAUGGCAGGAAUUUACUAUUUGCUGGCUCAAAUGACCAUCAUCGUGAGCCCCGCUUUGUCUGUGUUCAGGCCUAGCCAGUACACUUACGUUUUUAUCGGGGCGGAUAUUAUUUCUAUUCUUGUGCAAGCUGCUGGCGGUGGAAUUACAACUGACCCUAAUAAUUGGGAAACGGGUAAAGCUAUGCUCAUCGCGGGAUUAGUGUUCCAAGUGGUCUCGAUGACCUUCUUCCAAUUCUGCUGGUACCUUUUCUGGUACCGGUGGAGGCGCGAGCUACGCGACCAUGGGGAAAGCGGGCUUGAGCCUAAGUAUAGAUCGGUUCGGGCCCGGAGAAUCUUCAAGCUUUAUCCUUAUGCGGUGAGCUUGGCAGUGAUAUUCAUUUACGUUCGGUCCAUCUACAGAAUCGCUGAACUGUGUGAUGGCUUCCAGAGCGAUCUUGCUACCCAUGAGGCAUAUUUCUUCCCGCUCGAGGCAUCGAUGAUGACGCUUUCGUUCAUCCUGCUGACUUUCCUGCAUCCAGGCACAGCCUACGGUAGAGGUGUGCUUGUCAAGGUCGACCACGGCAGCAUGAAGUCUGUCUUCGGUAGACGCAAAAAGAGCGAUCAAAAGAUGUACGAAAUGGAGUGA